AUGGCGGAGGCUUCUGCUGCCCCACGACACCGGUUCUUCUGUCAUUUCUGUAAAGCUGAAAUCGAUCCCAGACUACCGGAAUAUGUUUGUCCCAGAUGUGAAUCUGGCUUCAUUGAAGAGGUGUCCGAGACCUCCAGUCUUCUUCAGAGUCGUGAUGGCAGUGAUGGGGCUGGUAGUGAUGACAUGGCUUCACAGUUUGCUGAGCUGUGGCAGCUGCUCUUCAUGGAACGUUCUGCGCUCCUAUCCGACCCCACGGUCACAGACGCGUCCCGCAGCCGCUCUGGGGUCGAGGCAGCAGUUGGUGAUCCUGCCUCUGGGACUGCGGGACCUGUAGCUUUAGAGGAGUCUUUGUCAGACUGCACAGAGCCUGCGCUCCACCCUCAACAAAACAGCCAGGAGCGAAACUCUAGACUGGAUCAGGGACAGGCUGUGGAGGGGAUUGUCCAGCAGUUCUUGGCUGGUUUGUUUUCCAGUUCUGACAGUGCAGGUUCCCAACCCUCCUCAUGGUCUAGCAUGUUACACUCUAACCCUGAAGAUUAUGCUUGGGGACAAGGAGGUUUAGAUGUGAUCAUCACACAGUUGCUUGGUCAGUCUGAAAAUACCGGCCCCCCUCCUGCCGAGAAGGAGAUGAUCUCAUCUCUCCCCACUGUUAGCAUCUCCUCCGAACAGGCUGCAUGCCGGCUGGAAUGCCCCGUGUGUAGAGAGGAAUACUCUGUUGGGGAAUCUGUCCGACAGCUGCCCUGUCUGCACUACUUUCACAGCAACUGUAUUGUGCCCUGGCUUCAACUGCAUGACACCUGCCCUGUUUGCCGGAAAAGUCUGGAUGGUGAAGACUGGGGUUCCCAGCCACAGACAGGACCUCCUGGGGCAAUCCCCUCACCGGCGAAUGUAGAGGAACGUAGCACCUUUGAGACUGUUUAACCUCCUUUUCCUUCCUUGAUUAGUUUGAUCAAUCCAGGACAAGGAGAAGCACCAUAGCCAUGUGCAUCAGUGCUUCUUGGAGACCCUAAAAAGACCUUCCAGUCAAGUGCCUUCUAUUUCGAGAGACAUUUUUAAUUCAGACAACCCUGUUUAAAACAAUAUAUAUUUGAUAAGCAUCUA